GCUCAGCAAUAACCAAACCCUAACACAAACACGUCACCAUAUCUUCUCUCCUGCCAGUUAUCUAUCGUGAUUUUGGCUAAAUCAGUCGUACCUUAUCGCGAUUUUGUUUGGCAAAGGGCUUUGAAUGUAGUAGGACGAUUAUCGAAUUCGAACGAUAAUGAGCUCUAGAGGGGGACGAGAGAGACAGUGGAAGGAAUACCCUUUGAGACCAGAAGAGAAAAUUCAUCAUGGAAGAAACACUGUUCCUCCUUCAAGACACCUGUGGGUUGGGAAUCUAUCUCAUACCUUAACUGAACGUGCAUUGAGCAAUCACUUUAGACAAUUUGGGGAGCUUGAGAGUGUAGCUUUUUCACCUGGUCGUAGCUACGCCUUCAUCAAUUUCAUUGAAGCCAGUGCAGCUUUUGCAGCAUUUGGAGCACUUCAAGGUUUCAUUCUUGCGGGCAAUGCACUUAGAAUUGAGUUUGCAAAGGCGGAGAAAUCAUCAGCACAAUUACACGAAGAAGACGACUACAUACGCAGACGAGAUUCACCUCGUUCUUCAGUAAGAGAAUCUCCAUUCCCUCAUCGGGACUCUAGAAUCCGCCAUUCCAAUUCCGACCCUAACAACGAGAAUCAAAAGCCAAUCAGUAGUGGUAGUAGAGCCGAUGGAGAACCCAAUGAAGUCUUAUGGAUCGGAUUCCCACAAUCUUUAAAACUAGACGAACACAGUUUCUGGGAUGCCUUUUCCCCUUUUGGUGAAAUUGAAAAAAUCUCUUCGUAUCCCGGUAGAACUUACGCUUUUGUCAGAUACAAACAUGUUAAUUCCGCUAUUAGGGCAAAAGAUAAUUUACAAGGGAAAUUAUUCGGAAACCCUAGGGUUCAUAUCACUUUUGCAAGAAGCGAAUCAAGAGCACCACCUUCAAACACCGGAAAAAACUCGAUUCCUGACCCUCCAUCCCCCCGUUAUGGCCGCCAACAUGAUCGAUACCAUGAUGAACGCAAAAGAAGAUCACCAUUACCGGGUCGGAAUCAUGGAUUCCGAGAUACGGGACAUGAUGGUUACGGACGCCGGAGUCCUUCAAGGGAUAGAAAUGUAAAUUUCCAUGAUUUCCACACACCACGUCGAGGCCCGGUGUAUGAUGACGAAUGGGAUUUGCCGGAAGACGCGUUGAUUUUUCAUGGUGCGAAGAAACUGAAGGGCGGUCCGAUUCCGAUUCCGAUUCCGGUUCCGGUUCCGUCGGAACCGGAGCUUCCGGAGUAUCCGUUUUCCGAUUCCGAACAUGGGAAGAACGUCCUCUCGAGGCCACCGGGGUUUGAUAAUAAUAACUUGGGACAUUUUGGUUAUCAUAAACAGAUGAUUCAUGAUCCACCUAUGAAUGUUGCUCAACCUUAUGGUGAGAGGGGAAACAUACAAAAUACACAAAAUAUCCAAAAUACCCGAAAUACCCUCAAUGCAGGUUAUGAUGGUUUCCAUGGUGGGCCGGUUUCUCAAAAUGCCGUUGAAUGGAAAAGACCAACUCCGGAACCACACAUUCCAGCAAGUGGGGAAUGGAAAUGGGAAGGAAUAAUAGCAAAAGGAGGAACAUCAAUUUGUCGUGCUCGUUGCUUUCCUGUUGGAAAAGUACUUGACAUGAUUUUGCCUGAAUUCUUGGAUUGCACAGCCAGGACUAGUCUAGACAUGCUGUCAAAACAUUACUAUCAAGCAGCAAGUUCAUGGGUCGUAUUCUUUGUGCCCGAAAGUGAUGCUGACAUGGCGUUCUACAACGAAUUCAUGAACUAUUUAGGCGAGAAACAGCGUGCAGCUGUCGCCAAGCUGGACGACAAAACAACCUUAUUUCUUGUCCCCCCUUCCGAUUUCUCAGAAAAAAUUCUAAAAGUCCCCGGAAAACUCAGCAUCUCCGGCGUCAUUCUCAGACUAGAACAACCACCCGCCACCGCCGACACCCUCCCACCACCACCACCACCGCCACAUCAGCGCCAACCCGAAAGACCCGACCCGUAUCUUAUGUUGUCCCAUGGAGAAGCUUCUAGAAUGUCAUUCACUGCAGCAUCACCUUCCGGAAGCUAUCAACUCCAAAACCUUGGGAAACCUAGACCUGGUACUGGUACUAUGUCUGUACCACCAUUUCAUGUUGACAACAAUACACAGACACAGGAUCAUUUGCUUCAUAGACAAUCAAGAAGUGGUGAUUUUAUGAUUCCAAAUAAUCAGGAGACGACAAAUUUGAGUAAUAAUUAUAGACCUGGAAGUCCUACUUAUCAGGAGCCUAAAACUCUAGUGGCAGCGACAGGUGGCAUUGGCAUUCAGCCAGAUCAGCUUGCACAGCUGGCGUCGUUUCUUGGGAACGCAAGGCAAUCAAUGACAGCGGGAGAAGAGUUUAGGCAGCCGAGUAGUAAUGUGAUGAUGGGUUUAGAUAAUAAUAGUAAUAGUAAUAAUAAUGGUUAUAAUAAUAAUAAUAGGAUGACGCCACGUCAGCUUCCUUCGCCUAGUCCCAGUCAGCAUCAUCAGCAUCAACAUCAAUAUCAUCCUCCUAAUCCUAGUCAGCAGCAGCAGCAGAUGAUGAGUGGGUAUCAUCAUCAACAUCAUCAACAACAAAAACAACAUCAAGUGCAAGUGGGAAACAUGGGUCAUGGUCAAGGUCAAAGUCAAAGUCAAAGUAGUGGUAGUCAAGGUCAAGGAAAUGGACAGGAGGAAACGGAGGAGGCGGAUCCACAGAAACGGUUACAGGCGACUUUAGAGUUGGCUGCUACUCUACUCAAGCAAAUCCAACAAGGGAAAACUUGA